AGACACUAGCGCCUGAUUCAUGUAGUUCUAUGAUCUUGUUUGUCUGGGCGUUGAGCGGUUGAGCGUUGAGCGUUGCUAGAACUAUUACGCUCUGCGGAGGCGACAGGCUGAUGGCCUCAUCACUCUUUGAGCAGGGGUGUGUAUUAGGCAGCUGUAUCGGGGCUCUCCCUGUGGCUCCAUUUUCUCCCAGCUCAUUUCGUUAGACGGCGAUUGGAAACAGUUUUCCGUCUAUGUGCUGAUUGAAAAGGACGCAAAUUACAUCAACAUGGACCCAUCGUGGACGUCUCAUCUUGAGGCGCUGUGGAGUUCCGGCCGAAAUAAGAAGACUGACUUGUUUGUGCACACCCUUAUGGGUUACUUCGAAAACUCACAUGAUUGCUUUGAGUCCGCUUACCUGCUGAUGCGUGCGGCAUCAGAUUUUCACAAGAACCGGCAGACUGCACUUAGCUAUACAAUCAUGGCCGUGUUCCAGGAAUGGGUUUCAAGGCGGCCGGAGCUGUACCAGCAAUUGACGCGUGAGACAAAACGACGGGCUCUGCAAGCAGUGCUGAAGCAGACAAACACGUCCUUGAUUGAUCUAGUUUGUCGAGUUUACCACCUCGAUGAGAAUGGCCCUGAAUACAUGGACGUUGUGCAGGAUUUGUUGCUUCGGCAUCAUUUUAAUGAGGCCAGCACACUGGUAGUUCGUCUCAAGCUGCAUGACUACUUCACCCUGGAGGAGAUUGCCAUUCCACUAUUUCUUCUGGACAAGAUAGGUAUUCUGGAAAACUAUAUGGCAGGAUUGCCAGAGCUACAGAAAGAAGUUGUGUCCUAUCUAGACAGCCUGUACAAUGAUGGAAAUCGAAUUGAAAACUUAAUUCACAAUUUGAACUUGAAAUCUGUGGGUCGGGACAAAUUCCAUCCAAAGACAUUAGCAAAGGUUAUAUCAAGACUUCUGAAGCAGUACAACCUCCCUGUGGAACUGUGUCCAAAUGUUCAGUACAGUCGGAGCAAAAGUGCAAUGAAAUAUCUUAUACACAAGAAGUACAAUGAGGGUGACUACGCUGAGGCCAGCUGGAGGGAAAUGGUUUGUGAGGCAGUGGGAAAUAACCGAAGCCUCCAGAGGGAGCUAGUGUGUGACCUUAUGUGGCUAAAUGAUCCCGACAAUGCUCUGAGCUUUGCGUUCAAACUGGAACUGCCCGAACACGAAUGGCCUAACUACCUUCGUGACUACAAGCUACGCUGUAGCGUUCAAAGAAUUCAGGAAAUGCUUCACUCCUGGAAGUUGAGCAACAAUCAGGAUGAUCCGAGCAAAUAUUUACCACUGCGUAUCGACCUCUCAGACGUGCACAUGGUCGAUACGGCCGAGGGCUUAGCACGGUGUGUGGAAGUUCUGAAGGACUACAACCUAAUAGGCGUUGAUGCGGAAUGGAAGCCUACAAUGGGCCUUGCGGCUUCAAGGUUGUCCCUGGUGCAACUGGCAGUAUGGGAUGCUGUAUAUGUCUUGGACAUUUUGCGACUCUCAGAGGUUCUCACCAAAUCCCAGUGGCAGCAGUUGUACACCGACAUUCUCUCGUCAGAAGAAAUACUCAAGCUAGGUUAUGGCAUCAGGGAAGACUUCAAGCUUUUGUCGGAGGCAUGCAAGUGCCCGGACACGAAACCUCAAAACUUCAUUGAUGUUUGCACAUUCACUGAGAAACUCCGCCAGACUCACCCAAAGCUCUUGAAGCCAGUACUUCCAAAGGACAAAGACCACAAGGGACUUUCCGAAUUGACAAGGUCAUUGCUUGGACUUCCACUGAACAAGGACGAGCAGUGUUCAGACUGGGAGAACAGACCUUUGAGACCAUCCCAAAUGCGAUAUGCCGCCCUGGACGCGUUCUGCUUGCUGCAAGUAUACGAAGAGCUCUACAAGCGAGCUGAAGCUGAAGAGCUGAGCCUGCCGGAGUUGAUACAGGCGAUGAUGGGAUCUGACACAGCACCUGCCGUCAGUCGGAGGGACAAAGGGCGCAAAUACAAGCCACAGAUACGAAAACAAGCAGACGCGGCCCAGGUGACAUCAGGGGACCCGAUCCCUGCUUCAGAGUUCAAGGUCGUCGUGGACACGAUGGCUCAAGGCUUGGGUCGUCAACUCCGGCUGUGCGGCAUCAACACGAUUAUUUUGGAAGACAGAGAUUACCAUGACGAAGCCGUAAAGUACGCUCUGAAAGAGAACAGGGUUAUAUUGACAAGCGGAGCACCGUAUGAGAAACUGAAGCAGUAUGUUAGCCAAGGCCAGUGCUUCAAAAUCAAUACGCUGCUCCCAGCUAAAGAACAGUUGGUUGAAGUUCUGAAGCAUUUCAACGUGGUCGUCAGUGAAGACAACCUCAUGAGCCGCUGCACGAUCUGCAAUGGUCCAGAGUAUGUCUUUAUGCCACAAGCUGACAUGAUAGAAUUGUGCACGGCACCCAGUGGCCCCGAUGUUGUUGGAUGUUCGAACGUUAGAAGCUAUCGGUCGCAUGUUUUGAACAUGGUAACUGGUUGCUUUGAAAAUGGUGUCAAGGUUCAAUGCCAGAGCCUUCCAGUGCAGAGCCUAGGUCAUGUUGACACCUUUUUUAUUUGUGUGUCUUGCGGGAAAGUCUACUGGGAAGGCUCACACCAUCGGCGUAUCAAACAGCAAAUGCGACUUUCCGAGUUUAUGAUGAUACCAUUUUCACAACCUACUACAUCGUGUCAGGAAGCAGUUGAAAAACACUAGACGAGUUCGUCAUUGCAAAUGUUGGAAGACUGAUUAUGAAUUCAUCUGUAGUCAAUGUAAUAUAUGCGGGGAUGACGAUCAGUAAACGUUGUGCCCAAUUUUGGGGAUUGCCUGUGUGUCUAGGUACUGGAGCUGGGUCAAAUGCUUCAUCAAGUAGUACUUAACUUUGUAGCUGCAGAAAUUCCAAGUUGCAAAACCUGUGGUACCUUGUAAGUUCAGGUGAACGUACAGCUUGGGACAAAACCUUAUGGAACACAGCACUAGCUUAGAUCUCCAUCGCAGCGACCCUGCUAGCUAUCAGGAAGAGAUUGAAUGAGAAACUGGUGUCAGACUAUCUUUCAGUACGCGUGUCCACUCCUGUUCGCUGCUAGGUGUCACCCCAAUGGAGAAAUGCGACACCAGGGUGUUCUGUAAACUUUUGUCCAAGGCUGUACCUUGCAGAAAAUUUAAACAUACACCCUAACAGCAGGAGCCAUCUAUUGAAUAUGUAGGGAACCUGCUCCGGCGCCGUAGGCGUUACAGAGCAUGCGCAGAAGCGUUGUGAAAAAGGUCCAUUGUGCAGUCCCUUAUGCGAUACCCGUAGCUUUUAAUAUUCUUGCGAAAUAUUGAAGCCCUGGUCUCAUAAGCUGUGUUCUACAUCCCAGACAAAAUGAUGGCUGAGCCUUAAAAGGCCCUUGAAAAGCUUCUGACUGCAGUACUGAUAUGCAUGCAUGUGAUAUGGCUUACAUAUACUGACUUUUAAAUGUAUUUACAAGAUAACAGGUUUCUCCGAAAAGUAUUUUGGAGUAACUUGAGUGAAGCAUUCAAGUUACGUAAAAUAAGUGUGUUUUUGGAGAGGUAUGCUUGCGCGCAGAGUUUUGGAAUGAACAGGUAUUUUGGAAAGUCGUCGAAGAAUGGUGCUCACGUCUUCAUUCUAAGCUUUUUAUUCUGAGUACCACAAAAAUAUGUUCUCUGUACAAAAUGUGAUGCAUUCUUGCUUGCAUGAGUUGAAAGUGUACUACGCAUAAAUAAUCCAACGCCUUUCAGUUGCCCAGUAGAUGCUAACACCAGCAGUAACAUGCACAUUCUUCCCUGCAGCACACAAACUGCAAGCGUCUCGGAAAGAUGCCUCCGCCAAAAGCUUACGCAAUGCGCGAAUGGCAGCGUACCAUGACAGCGUGGCAAUAAAUAGAAUAAAUAAAUAAAAACAUAGUAGCGACCGUUGAGCAGCCAAGCUUACAUCUGGAGGCAUCUUUCUUCGAGGCUCGAUUGUCGAUAUGGUCCCGAAUGCGCGAUACGCGAAAUGCAUGGCUAGAAGGAAGACCCAUCACUAUGUACAACUAUGAUCCAUGGGUGGCAGCGGAAACAGUCUCUAUAGUAUAUACAUGCACAGUCACCACCUCCUAGAUAACAGAAAGGCCUCGGCACUCUUUCAAUAACGUCACCUCACCUAGCCCGGCUGCCAUACAUUUUCGGUGAGGGUGCACUUUUCUCUUCUGCGCUCUUUCGGUGACGUCACAUCUAUCUACGUGAAUGAUGUCAAUCGAAAGAGUUGCGCUGAGGGCUGAGGCAACCCCACCUAGAUACAAAAGGCCUGCUUAUUGCCUCCUCUCUCUCCUUCGCUACGUGGACAUAUAAAGUCAGAAUACGUCUGAUACUGCGCAUCGCCGUUCUGCAAAUUCAAGAACUCGCAAAUGAUUGCAGCUAACUUAAAAACCUGUACACCUGAAUAUGUAGACAAAUAGUGCAACACGGUUUCCAGAAAAUCAGUUUUGAGAAAGAUAUGGGACCGUUUUGAUCUUUGUUUCCAAGUUAGUCUCUUAGUACGCGGGGACGUUCAGUCACUAGUCGCAGACGACGAUUGUUCGUCUUCAUGGCCACGACCGCUGAAAGCACGUGUGUGAUUAGCUACUGCCUUUGAAAACAUGAUCCUGAUUGGCUGACUAUUAGUUUACGUCACGUCGGCGAAUAAGCAGGCUUUCUCCAUCUAGGUGGUGUUGGAUGAGGCCUUGGGCCCGUUAAGUGGCGGCUCCGGAACACAUGGAGUGCGCUCCUUUUUACUAAACGGGACAUCUCCUUUUGUGGAGCGUGGCGCUCCUACCUUCCUUUCCUACAGGAAAAGAAAAUUCAGUGACACCCAGAAGCCUAUAGAGGCGCUUUGCACACGCAACGCCGGAGCGGGAGGGACAGAGUGGACGGAGCGCGCUCUGCAGAUCCGCCACUUAACGCGCCCCUUGUGUUGUCUAGGUGGUGUUGGCACAGUAGACAUACCGUAUAUUGACGCGGGUGACAUUCCCCAGAAUUCUUUUCUCAGCCACAAGAUACCUAUUCCGUAGCAGACGACAGUGUCGUCUGCUACAUGCGCAAUGCUCCACUCCCGUGCGAAUGCCCAACAUACAAACGCGGCGGAGCUUCCGCCACGUGAGCAAUUUUUUAUUUUUUGCCUUAUACUAAAAUAUUCUGCGGGAAUGUCGAUCGCGUGGAUACACGGAUACAGUAUGAAGCACGCGGUAGGGUAAUACAACAAGUAUGUUCCAAGAAGCAUGAACCGAUGAAUAGAUAAGGCAAAUUCUUCGUUAAGACAAGCAUCUCCGGGCAAAAAUAUAUGUUUCGUUGAUUUGUACUCGGUCGUUCUGCAAAUUUCCACGAAUUAAAGGUUUCCCUGCGGCUU